ACUGGAUUUCCCCCAUGAUGGAUGACUCUACCGCAUUUUGCGGCUGCUCAAAACAUGCGAAGGCUCAGCAGCUUCGCUGCUCGGCAGUACUGUCCGGGUUGCAUGGCCUCAAGUUGCAGGAGCUCAAGGCGCUGAUUGACAGGGAGGGCCUAGCUGUGAGGCAGGAUAUUGGCGGCCACAACAGACGGACCAAGGUGCAGAUGGUUCAAGAGAUAGAGCAAGCUCGAGCUCAAGCUCGAGCAGCUCCAUCGCUUGCCUCGCCGCAAGGCACAGCUCCCUACAUCCAAGCUGCGCCGGCUGCGCCGGACGCGCCGGCGGCGCCCGUCACAACGCCCUCUUUGGCUCGGUCAGCUCCAGCUUUCAAGAGCAUCGAGCCGAAAGAGCUGAUGAGACACUUUACUCAAGAUGAUCUUGAGAUGCCAGAGAUAGGAUUGCUUGAGGAAGAGCUUCACAAUGCCGGGCUGCUUAAAGAGCUGCGGGAUGGCCAGCCAGUUCAAAUUGAGCUCUUGCAGUUUGCCGGUAUCGCCUGGAUGCGCGACAAGGAGAAGCAAGAGGGCUGGAAGGGCGGCAUUUUGGGAGAUGAAAUGGGCCUGGGAAAGACGCUCCAGACACUAUGUGCAAUGUCACUUAACAAGUACCCAACACUUCUGGUUUGCCCCCUUCAAGCCUUCCAAAUCUGGAUUGAUGACUCCGCUGGUUUCUUUGCCAGCGGGACUUUCGAGAUCUACGACUAUCAUCAGAUUCGCAAGGACAAGCGCAUUUUGCCAAAAAAGCUCCCUGACAACUCGCUGGUUCUCGUCAACCCACAGUCUUUGGAGCCCGACGUCUAUGUCAAGACAUCCAUGACACCAGAACAACGUGCGCGGCUGGUAAGUCAGGCUUUGUCGGAGCAUUGCUACGUAGAGCCAACGUGGAACUUGCACAUGCUUGAAUUGGAAGCUCGAAAGCGAGAUAUCAAUGUGGAGGACUUGUGCGGUGAACAAGCUGGAGAAGAACGGGCAGCAAAUCCUGAUUCGCAGCUGUUGAACAGGCAUUUCGGGCGCAUUGUGUGUGACGAGGCCCACUUUAUGAAGAACCUGUGCUCAAAGGGCAGGCAGCCACUCUGCGCGAAAGCGUGCGAGCUUUUGGGAAAGCAGACGGAUAUCCGCUGGUGCAUCACCGGAACACCUGUGGAGAACUCGAUCACUGACUACUUUUCUUUGCUUACCUUUCUACAAGCAGAACCGUACUGCCAGCUUGACUGGUUCGAAAACCACGUUGGGAGAUAUUGUCGCCCGAAGGCUCCUUUGUCGCCGCAGCAUGACCCGGACUUCAAGAGGUGCUUUCGUGAGACAAUGCUGCGGCGAGACAAAUCCAAGCUGCCGAACCUACCCACACCGCACUUUUGCCUUAUCGAAUGUGAGAUGGAUGAUUUUGAGAAGCAGAAGGAGUUGCAGUUGUUGCAGGAGGAGCUGCCGGGACCGGAGCUGGUGAAGAUCCUGCGCCAAGCGCAGGCUGCGGCAGCCCUGGCGCCUCCGCGGAGUUCGGCCAACGCUAAGCUCGAGCAGAGCUCCUUGGAGCAGAUCCUGGAAAUUUCAGCGCGGCCCAUACCCGAAGGUGGCCUAGGUCAAAGACUUCGACCCAAGAAGAUGGAUGAGGAUGGCAGGGAAUGGUGCCUGCAGAAGUUCCUUUUCGAGCGUGCGUGGAUUGAAGCAGACAAACGCAAGCUUCUCCAGUCCAGCAAAUGGCGGGCCUUGAGGCGGCAGCUGGAGGACAUUUGGGAGAAUGACUUGAGCAACGAAAAUGAAAUUGAAUGCACCGGGCAACCUCCAGACAAUCAAUAUGCUGGACUAUGGACGUCUGAACAUGAAUCUUAUUUCAGGCCGUUGGACACCCACGAGCUUACCAAAGUUGUGCUGAUCACCACACUCACCACUCGAACUUUCCAGCUGGCCGAGAAGCUGCUGGAAGACAUGCAGGUGGAGUAUUGCAAGAUUGAUCAGUCUGUCGAGCAUGACAAGCGCUUAGCUGUAAUUGAAAGCUUCAACACCGAUCCUUCCAAGAAGGUCAUGCUUCUUGGGAUGAAGUGCGGAGGUACAGGAAUCAAUCUACCAGCAGCGCAAGUGGCCAUCCUUUUGGACUGGUGGUGGAACCCUGCGGCUGAGCUGCAGGCCUUAAACCGCAUUCACCGCCUCAGCUCCAAGCAUCGGAAUGUGUACUUUUUCAAGCUCUUCUCUGCAAACAACGAGGCGGAGCAAAGGCAGAAAGGCAUUCAAGAAGAGAAACAUGACAUCUACCAGGCACUGAACGGCAGGAACAACGAAGAUGAAGGCAGAGUUUGGGAACGCCUCGACUGACCGUGAGCGUGUUUGGGCUGCUCCUCCUAUGGCGUGGUUAUGCCGCAUAGCUGCUCAGUUUUGCCUUGCGAUGCUGGAGUUGAGCCCGGCUUGGCCA